CAGCUCUACACGGGAGUGCUUUCUCUAAUCUGCCUGUGUGAGAAUCACAGGUCUUUCCUUUUGUUUUACCCUUGAGCGAGAUCGGCAGCCAUGGCACCCUCGGUCCUCAGGUUACUUGCCAGAGUCGGGGCGGCGGCCCUGAUCGGCUGUGCGUCGGCGCAGUUCCCGCCCACUCCCGAGGGCGUGACGGUGAUCAAGUCCAAAUACAACGAGAACAUCACCAUCAGUUUCAAAGAGCCAAACAUCUGCGAGACAACGCCGGGGGUCAAAUCAUACUCGGGCUUCAUCCACCUCCCUCCCGGCACGCUCGACGCGUCGGGCGGACAGGCGCAGGACUUCCCCAUCAACACCUUCUUUUGGUUCUUUGAGGCCAGGGAGGACCCCAAGAAUGCGCCGCUCACCGUCUGGAUGAACGGCGGCCCGGGCGCGUCCUCGAUGCCGGGGCUGUUCAACGAGAACGGGCCCUGCUUCGUCAACAACGACUCGAGUACCACGAGGCUGAACCCGACGUCGUGGAAUAACAAGUCCAACAUGCUGUACAUCGACCAGCCCGUCCAGGUGGGCUUCUCGUACAACACCCUCGUGAAUGUGACGGUCGACGCCUUCAAUGGCCGCAAGGACCUCGCCCCGGGCGAGCCCAUCCCGGCGCAAAACAGCACGCUCCGCGUGGGUACGUACCCGAGCGCCAACAGGGACGCCACCAGCCUCGGCAGCAUCAACGGCGCCAUCGCGCUCUGGCAUUUCUUCCAGGUAUUCCUGGCCGAGUUCCCGGGCUAUCGGCCCAUCGAUGACCGCUUCAGCAUCGCGACCCAGUCCUACGGCGGCCGCUACGGCCCCGCCAUGGUCGGCUUCUUUGAGCAGCAGAACGAGCGCAUCCGCAACGGCACACUGGGCGGCUCCGGCGUCUCGGCCCCCAACAAGGUGGUAAAUCUGGACACGCUCCUGCUGGUAAACGCCUGCAUCGACCGCCAGGUCCAGUGGCCGUCGUACCGCGACAUGGCCUUCAACAACACGUACGGCAUCAAGACCCUCCCGGACGCCCAGUACGCCAGCAUGGUCGACGCCUACGAGCGCGCCGGCGGCUGCCGCGACCAGAUCGACACGUGCCGCGCCCUCUCGUCGCUCCACGACCCGACCGCCACCGGCGUCAACGCCACCGUCAACCAAAUCUGCCAGCGCGCCGAGUCCUACUGCUCCCAGCACCUCCGCGACCCCUACACGCGCCUGUCGGGCCGCUACUACUACGACGUGACGCAGGUCGACCCGACCAUGUUCCCGGAGCCCUUCGUGCCCGCCUUCCUGAACCAGCGCCACGUGCAGCUCGCGCUCGGCGUGCCGCUCAACUACUCGGGCUCGUCGGACGCCGUCGCCGCCGCCUACCGCUCCAUCGGCGACUACAACCGGCCCGGGUGGCUCGAGGCCAUGGGCGGCCUGCUCGACAGGGGCAAGAAGGUGACCCUCAUGUACGGCGACCGCGACUUUGCCUGCAACUGGAUGGGCGGCGAGGCCGCGUCGCUCGCCAUCCCGUGGGCGCACCGCUCCGACUUUGCCGCCGCCGGCUACAGCCCGCUGCGCGCCAGUGACGGCAGCGGCGACGGCGGUCUGGUGCGCCAGUACUCGAACCUGAGCUUCGUGCGCGUCUUCCAGGCCGGGCACGCGGCCCCUGCAUACCGGCAGCAGGUCGGGCUGGACGUCUUUGCGCGCGCGGCCGUGGCCAACCGGGACGUGGCCACGGGGACCGUCGACACCGCGACGACGCCCGACUACAGGACGACCGGGCCCGCGACGGUGCGCGACGUCCUGAGCGAGCCGCCGCCGCAGGUGCCGUACUUUUGCUACACGCUGAGCCCGGAUACGUGCACCGACGAGCAGGUCGCGGCGCUGCAGGGCGGGUCGGCCGUUGUGAAGGACUACAUCAUGAUUGACCCGCCGUACAGGCAGGGGGCGGUGCGCCUGAGGGCGCGUGCUGUGCGGGAGCAUCCUGACUUUGACCAUGAUCUGAGGAUCUAGGGGAGGGGACUGCAGAGAUGGAGAGGAUUUAGCAUAUACGAUACCAAUCUACUAGCUUUUAUU